AUGUCUGAGAGCGACGGACCACCUCUGCCAGUUAAGAGUGAGGAACUUCGAAGCUGGACGCCAAUGGAACUGGUGAAAGUCAUAUAUCAUGAUGUCCCGGAGAAUUUAAAUGUUCCGGCUUCGCAUGGGGUGCUUCUGGUUCUGAAAAAGUUGGAUGGGGAACGGAAGGUUGUGAGGGUGGAGAAUGAUGGGGCAGGGGAUCGGUUUAAGAUAGUUCUAUAA